AUGGAUCUUCCGGCCUACCACGAGCGAAUGAAGAGAAAACUCGAUAAGUACCUGGCUUCCGAAGCAGACCUCGACGAGCGGUUCCCCGACUCCAUGCGACGCCGUUUCCCUGGAAAGAUCAGCGAAACCCAUUCCAAGCCAGUGCACUGUAACCGGCCACCCCAUUUCGCCCACGGAUGCAUUCGCUGUGGUCGACAGCCCACCGUCCUUUGCCCCAGCUGCAAAGUGAUAAAGUGGUGUAGCCCCGAUCAUGACAACGACAACUGGCCCAAUCACGUAAUAGCCUGCGCGUCAAUCAAGAAAGCUAUGGAAGAUGUGGAAAAGGAAGAUCAAGCAAUUCGCGCCCAUGACGGAGACGCCAACACCCCACGCAACGCCUUCCACAGUGACACAGCCAAGGGGAGAUUCUGGAAAUACAAGGGACUAAGACCGUAUCUGAAAGCACGCUUGGAGCUUGUGAACGCGAUACGUGAAGUAGAUACCCUGAUUGCCGUGGAAACGGCACUAGAGCACGCCACAGAUAUCCUGAGACUUGAUCCCAGAGACGCCCUCUGCGUCCGCAGCAUUAUACCGAUACUACUCCUGCGUCUCGACCUCGACGAGCGCUGCUACUGCUUUUGUAAAUGGUGGCUUACCAAAGGCAAUGAUACGCAUCAUGACUGGACAGAUGACGGACCGCUUUUGGCGCUUGAGCGACCGGUUGAUCUGUUCAAGACGGAAGAUGCGUUUGAGCAUCCCGUGGAUUACUUCGACCAGACCAGAACGUUCACCGACAGAGAUGAAGACCGGACUAGGUUGCAAAGUCCAGCUGACUUAUCGCUUCUUGUUGCCAUCAUGCUGGUCAAGAUACGCAUCAAGGUAGAUCUGCUGUUGUUACGGAACGAUCCCCAGCCGGAAACCUAUCUGCAGCGACAUGUUAGCAGCGUUGUAGCUGCGCGAUAUCGAAGAGGCACGCCGGAAGGGUAUUACAUGAGAGAGGAAAUGGAACUGUUUGAGUUAACCUGGGACCACGUUUUCUACCUGUCUGAUGAGAUACGCAGAGUCAACAAACACUUUUGGCCGGGGUUGAUGUGCCCUUAUCCGCCACAACAACGGGGUUUCAAGCGACCUCCGUUUGUAGCGGGUACUGAGGCAGACGCGAAGAUCGUGUUGAAGGACUGCUACGCUGUUUGGCAUGAGACACCGGGGGCUAUGGAUCUCGUCAAGCACUUAUGCGAUGGACGCUUGUAG